CUUGAAGCGGAAGCCUGGGGCGUUCGGUGCGAAAAAAGAAACAAGUCGUAUACUUUGUUCUCGUUUUUUAACUGGUUUUCCUUUUUCGUUUUUAUUUGUUUUGUUUCUGUUUUGUUUUGUUUUAUAAUUCAACUUGUUUUUGCAUUCCAUUCUCGAAUCGCGUUUAUAAUAUUAGGAUUAGAUUCCUCUUUUUUAAAUCGAAGUGAUCCAAUCGUCUAUAUCCAUCUCUCCGGGAAACAAUAAAUGCACAAACCUUCCUGGAUCUUUGUACAUACGUCUUGAUAGUCAUAGAAAAAAAGUAAAAACUCCAAAAUGAAAGUUUACCGACACCAAGAGAGCAAUACGCGUGAAGGAUAAAGAAAAGGUGACAGCAGCCCGCGAGACCAGGAGACGAAGGCACAGCACUUACCUUGGCCUCGUGUCCGUCGCUGCCAGCUCUCUCUCCGUUACACUUAACCCUCUCUUUAUCUUGUUUUAUCUUUUCCCCUAUUCGGUGUUUAGUCUCCACGCCUCACCGAAAUAAGUGUGUGAAUAAGUGAAAAAGAUAAGAGAAAAUCGGGGAAUUGAGGUGGGUGAGACGAAGCAAAUCCUUCCCUUAUUUUUGAGUGGUUAUACGUAGGGCGUGAAGUGAGAAAAUAAGAGAAAAAAUAUAGUGUCGUGGAAGAAUAUAAAUAAGAGAGUGACGAGAGAGAAACGAGAAGAAAGCGAAAAGAUAGAUAAAUAGAGGGAGUGUGACAGAAGAGGAAAAGAAAGAGAGGAGAGAGACUGAGAGAGAGAGUGAGAGGAAGAGGAAAGUGACACAGUGUCUGAAGCCAGACUGUGAUAGGAUCUGUUGACAGUGUGGAUAAGACGUACUAAGCUGAAGUGAAGAGCGCGGCGCCAUUUGCAAAGCUUUAAAACAAGACGUCAAGUGAAGUGAUGCAAGUUACGAGUGGAAGCUGUACCUUAGUUCCUUCGAUUCUGUAAUUAUUAUUAGUUUUUUCCCUUUCACGUUCUUUCUUUUCUUUUCUUUCUUUCUUUGAGAUUCGUUGCUUCUUCUUCUGUUUCGUUUUCGUAUUUUUUUCCGUCGGGGGAUUCGAAUGACAUGACACUGGCGAAACGGAAGGGAAAUGCAGUGAAGAUGAAAGUUUCUCCUUCUUCCUCUUCUUCUUCCACUUUGUUUCGUUCUGAUUAGGAUAGAUUCGGGGGGAUUAGGGCUCCGAGAUACCGCUUGGAAAGGCCCUCGAGCAAGAUCAAACCCCGAAGUGCUGACGACGUGAAAGCUCUCCGGAAAAACCAGCGCGGUUUGUUGUGCUGGAGACGAAAGGGAGGAUCAGGGAAAAAACGCCAGAAAAUCCACCUUUCUUUAUCUCUCUUCCACGUGACCGCAGAGUCGAGAGCGCGGUGUCAAAAUGUCGUUUCUGUUGCACUUCAGUAACUAUCUCAUCGGCGGGAACGUGCCCAUCGACGACGGGGUAGACAAACUGAAUCGAAAGUAUACCAUCCUCAUCCUCAUAUGCCUGUCGCUUCCACUCGUAACGAAGCAGUUCGCGGGCGACCCGAUCGAGUGCUUCACGCCCACGUAUUUCACGGAACCGCAAGCGAGAUAUGUGAACUCGUACUGUUGGACAGCCAGUACCUAUUACAUAAUCCCGGUGGACGUGGAGGACCGGGAGCAAGUGACGCGAGUGCAUUCGGUGACGUUCGACGAGGAGGGCGGCUCCACCUCCAUCAGGGGCGAGCGCAUCAAGGUCAACUAUUACCAGUGGGCGCCCAUCAUCCUGCUGGUGGAGGCCGGCCUCUUCUACAUCCCCUUCGCCAUCUGGAACUCGACAGCAAAAAAUUCAGGCAUCAAGGUGGGACGUUUACUAAAGAAGGUGUCGGUCAUCUCUCAAUACACGCCCGGCCACCCAGACCGCGACGCACUUAUCGCCGAGUUCCUGGACCAGUUUAAUACGCUGAUGGGCGUUUCAAAGUGCUGUCCAGGAACCGUCUGUAAGUUUGAUUGCAAUCUGGCUUGCGGCGGGAACCCUUCCUCUUCUUUAUUCAUUCUGUACAUGAUUGUGAAAAUCAUGUACGUGUUCAACAUCUUGAUGCAAUAUUUUUUGCUCACGGUGUUCCUGGGCAAAGGGUAUUUGUUCCACGGGGUCGAGGUGGUGGAGAAGCUGAUCAACAAGAAGGAGUGGUGGACCUCGCCGCGCUUCCCCCUGCAGACGCUGUGCCAGGUGCUGGCGGCCCAGCAGGGCUCGCUCAGGACCUACACGUGCCAGUGCGUGCUGCCCAUCAACCUGUUCAACGAGAAGAUCUUCUCGUUCAUCUGGUUCUUCUUCGCGCUGCUGCUGCCGGUGACCAUCUACAGCGCCCUCAUCUGGGUGUGGCGCACCUUCACGUGCUCGCGCAUCGCCUUCGUGCACUACUACCUGUGGCGGACCCGGCGGGUGGGCAAGGAGGACCUGUACAACAACGCGCGCAAGAUGGCCAUCCAGUACCUGGGCUGGGACGGCUGCCUGGUGCUGCGGCUGAUCGAGAUGAACCACGGGGGCACCAUCCUCACCAUCCUCACGGAGAGGCUGUGGGAGUUCUACGAGGGGCUGGAGCGCGCGCAGCAGGACGGCGGCGACCCGGAGGCGUUUCUUAGCCAGCGGCCGCCCAUCUUCGCCUGCGGGCCCUUUCCCACCCAGGGGCCCCCCACGGUCACGCCGACGCCCACCGGGGCUUACGGCUUCUACGGGAAGCACUACCUGCCGGGCACGCCUGGCGCCUACCCGGGCUACAUGUGGAACCACCAAGAUAUGGCCACGCCAGGCUACUCAGGCUACCCCAGGAUACGCGGCAAGAUCAGAUACGACAGCGAGUGUACACCCAAACUUCUCCUUAACAGCUACCCUGCCGCUGCCUAUGAAUCGUGCGUAUGACUUCCCUAAAAAAAAUAAUAAUAAUAAACAUAAAAAAAAAAAAUGAAAAAAAAAUAAAUAAAACCGCUGCUGAUGUAGAUCCGAAGCAGCCGGGCUAGUCAUGAGUUAAUUUAAAAAAAAAAACAAAGAGAAAAUUCUGUUGUUGCUGUUUUCUUUUUAAGAGAAAGAUUUUAUUUUUCUAUUUGUUUGCAAUUAUUUGAAUGGAUAUUGUGAUUUGUUUUUGUUUUUUUGGAUAGUGUCCUCUCCAGAUUCAAAUUCCUAUCUUGUUAAAGGCACUUCAUGUAGUGCCUAUUGUUCAAGUUUCUUUGUUUUACAAUUUUGUUAUGUAUUUUGUAAGAGUAACAUUGUUAUGGUUCUGUGGCUGAAGAUCGAUUAUGAAUAGAAUUGCAUCAUUAUAUGCUGAAUCUAAUGAAAUUUCUUUGCAUGUUCAUAUCUUGCAGAACACUGCUCUCAGAUAAGUUACGUAUAUCUUAAUCUUAGAAUUAUGCUGUCAGUACCUCUCUCUUUUUUUCCUUAGUUCAGAAUGGUCCAAUGAUCAUUCAACUCAAUUAAAUUUACAAUCAACAACCUUACGAUCAAUCAAUGUACCUUAACUUGAAUCCAGACAGGAGAACAUUUAAAAAACUCAAAACUCAAAAAAAAUGUCUAAAAAAAAUCAAAUUGGAUUUCCACUGCUGCAUUCAACAGCGCUGCUUCUCCUACUAUAAAACUGAGGGUUGUCGAGUUAAGAAAUGCUAUGCGCGUAUUGUUAUAGUACAUUUAGGCCUACAUUCGCUUCUACGGAUCGCCUUAGCACUAAAAUAAAUUAGCAUAGUUGAUUCGUAACCUUCCUUGUUUCACAUCCACGGAUUAAUUAUUAAGGUGCUCAAGAAUCAUUUACCAUUGCUUGAAAAAAUGCACUGUUUUCAUUGUUUUUUUUUCACACACCAUACUUCCGUCCCGUGCAAUAACGAAAUUACGAAUCACGGUCAGUUAAAAAAGAGGUUAAAUUGUUCAUUAGCGCCGACGCAGACGAGUAGGCAAAGGUGGAAGGUUUGGUUCACGUCCAAAUCCAAACCACACACAUACGCGUCUGUGGAGACAUACACAGAGACACACGUGGGCAUAUACACACACACACGUACAAGCAUAAAUGGUCUGGUUUUGUGCGUGGUUUAACGGGAAAUAAAGAGUCUGAGAGUCAGAGUGAGUGAGAGAGAGAGAGAGAGAGAGAGAGAGAGAGAGAGAGAGAGAGAGGGAGAGAGAGAGAGAUGGGCUGAAAUUUAGACUAAAGGUAAAAGUGUCACAUGUCUAUAUGUAUGUAUGCGUGUGUGUGUGUUAGAGCAAGAGAGAGAAAGAGAGAGGGAAGGGGGAAGAGAGAGAAAGAAACGACAAGACAGAGAGAAAAAAAAAAGAGAGAGAGAGAAAGCGAGAAGUGAGAAUGUUAUGUAUACAUGUACACAUGAACGGAUACGCGACCAUCUACCAACACCUGUAUAUGCGCCUCCGUACGUAUGUCCAUGCGUGUGUCUGUGCCUGCGUGUGAGCCAACGCAAGCAAUCAAGCACCCACCCCACUUUGCCUGCUCGGACGCGUCCAGCAUGUCCCCGCUAGGAUUAGCUCGCCUCCUUGACUGCCAGCAACCUCCUGUAGUUUCCCCAAAGCAACUGCAGUCCCCGAAUCAAAGCAAGCGGUCUGCCUUCCUUGCCCAAAAUGAAAGCAGUAGUUCCCAAGUAGAGAAGAGGAAGGUCAGGGAAGGAGGCUUGGUGAGGGUGACGGUCCGGCGCCGCGAACGAGGGGACAGGGCUGGAGAGGCCCGCUCCUCCUCCCUCCCUCCCCCGACCAAGGGCGUGAAGCUAAGGAUGUUCUCCUCCUCCUUCUUCUUCUCCUUCUCCGAUUUUCACCCUUCUUCUUCUCCUUUUUCUCCUUCUUCUUCUUCUUUUCCUUCUACUUCUUCUCCUCCUUCUCUUCUUUUUUC